AGGUGACUUAUAAAGUGUGCCAGAAGUGCCCUUUAAAAAUGCCGCAGUGGUGUGCACUGAUUUCUGUUCGUGUACAGAACUCCUAUAGAAAUAUGCAUUUCAGACUUGAGCCAUAAGUUGUGUUCUUCAUCUAGUCUCAGGUACGCAGAGGGAAACAUUUGACAGCAGGAAGAUGAGUUAGGAGUCUAUCAAGAGUCUAGACUAAGUGGUUUCCAAAUGAUCUGGAAGGAUUCUAGCUGCCAUUUGUACUAAUAUCAUGGUGGUCAUGACACAUCCUGAGCUGCUUGCCAUCACACUGACGCUUCUCUGCAGCUCAGCAUCCGUGCUGUGGGGCUUCCCAUUUGGACCUGUGCUUGAGUUGGAUGUCAUUCCUAGGACUACUGUGCCUUUUAAUGGGCUUCUUGGAUGUAAUCUUUUCCGUGCUCAGACUGUAAACUACAGUACUCUGCUGCUGGAGGAUGGAGCUGACAUAUUGUAUGUAGGGGCCAGAGAGGCCCUGUAUGCCCUGGACACAUCCAAUAUAUCAGCUAUCCGCACCAACAGUUCUAUCGAUUGGACUGCAUCUGUAGAACAGAAGAAACAGUGCUUAAGCAAAGGAAGGGACGAUCAGACGGAAUGCUACAAUUAUGUUCGGUUUCUUGAUCGGUAUAACGAGACUCACCUCUACACCUGUGGGACCCAUGCCUUCCGACCUCGCUGUGCAUACAUAGAUGUGGAGAGAUUCAUCUUUGUGCGUUUUGAGGAAGGCAAAGACAAAUGUCCAUAUGACCCAGCCAAAGGUUACACUGGGUUCAUUGUUGAUAGUGAGAUGUACUCCGCCUCCCAGUAUGAGUUUCUGAGCUCCCCUGAUAUUCGUCGUAACUUUCCCUUUCCAAACCUGAAGACAGAGGACGCUCCAACUAGAUGGCUCUUGGAGGCGGACUUUGUUGGCUCAGCACUAUUGAGAGAAAGCAUCAACAGCUCCAUUGGGGAUGAUGACAAAGUUUACUUCUUCUUCACUGAGAGAAAUCCAGAGCAGAAGCCUUACUCCAGUCAGACCAGAGUGGCCAGGGUGGCCAGGGUCUGUAAGGGUGACAUAGGAGGUCAGAGGACUCUUCAGAGGAAGUGGACAUCCUUUUUGAAAGCCCGACUUGUGUGUUCUUUCCCUGAGUACGAGUUGCAGUUUAACAUCCUGCGUGGUGUGUAUGUGCUGGAAGGACCUAAUGUUCAUGACAGCCUCGUCUUUGCCAUCUUUGGACUUGAAUGGAAAAAUGUUAAAACAUCAGUAGUUUGUCAGUACUCUAUCAAAGAUGUCCAGACUGCAUUCAAUGGCCCUUACAUGGAACUCCAAGACUCUAAAUGGAGGGAAUACUCUGGAAAAGUUCCAGACCUUAGGCCUGGCUCAUGCAUAACUGAUCAGCACCGGGCUCAGCUCAUAAAUUCAUCACGGGAUCUGCCAGAUAACGUGCUCAUGUUUGCUCGGAGACACCCUUUAAUGGCCAGAGAAAUCCGGCCAAUAGGAGGGCGACCCCUACUGUUCAAAAAGAGCACCGACUACACCAGGAUAGCAGUUCUUAAGGUCACUGCCUUGGAUGGCAACACGUAUAACAUGAUAUUCACUGGAACAGAUGAUGGGUGGAUGCAUAAGGCUGUACAGAUAGGAAAUCAGGUGCACAUCAUUGAAGAGCUGCAACUGUUUAAGGAGCCUCAGCCUAUCAACAACAUGGUUAUUUCAUACAAACAGAAAAGUGUAUAUGUGAGCGCUGCGUCAGGAGUGGUGCAGGUACCUCUGUCUUCCUGUAUGCGCUACACCUCAUGUUAUGGCUGUGUGUUUGCACGAGACCCACUGUGUGGCUGGGAUGGGAGACAGUGUGUUGAAAUAUCAACAUACCCUGUCAGAUCCAACUUAACUCAGGACAUUCAGAUGGGUAACAGAGGGUGUGACAACAUCACAGAGGAUGGUCUUGUGACCCAUCGCACUCGUUCAGUGAUGGUGGGACACGACAUGCUCUUGCUUUGUGAGCUUCAUUCCAAUCUGGCAGUUCCACACUGGACUCUGAAUGGUGAACUGCUGCAGAGUUAUGCUGUGGACACUGGCUUCCGUAUUGGCACUGAUGGCCUCCUCAUAAUCGGGGCUCAGACCCAGCACAGUGGCCAUUACUGCUGUUAUGGUGUGGAGAAUGCUGUUUGGAUUCCUGUACGCAGCUACAUGGUUAGGGUCCAGCCAAUUCCUCCACCUUCACCCCAUCUCCCCACAGAUCCAACUGCCUUACCAGAGAGGUUCUUCACCACUAGCACACUGUCUGUCAGCACCUCUAGUGAAUCCAUAGAGCAACCUCUGCACCCACUACCCUCCAGGCCUGAGUUCCACACCAACCGACACAUGGAGGCUAUGUAUAUCUCCUUGGUAGCUGUUUUAGGUGGCCUCUGUCUUGUUCUUACUGUGGUGCUGUUGUAUGUUAGCUUCUGUGCACAUAGUGCCCCUGGUCACAAGAAGUAUUCUCAGCACGAGUUGUCCAUUACCCCUACCAUAUCGAGAAAACGCAGCUCUCAUGUGGAACUGAAGACAAUCUCCAGCCACUGCAAUGGGAGAACUGAUGGGCUUUAUGGAGCAGCAUCAACAGAUGGAGAAUUCCUGCAGAUUAUUUCAAUUGAUGGGCAGAUCAGUCCUAACAAGGAGCCUCCUCCAGCUCCUCCACUCCCCAUGCCACCUCCACUGCCAUCCACGGAGUAUGCAAACGGCUUGUCGGCCACGAUACCAAGUGUUUUAAGGAAAAUAAAUGGGAACAGCUACGUGCUCCUGAGUCAGAUGGACUCAGAUAUGACCUCACCUCUUUACCAUUCUUUCACAGAAGAGCUGAACAGGAUCUUAGAGAAGAGAAAACACACACAGCUGGAUAUGGAGCCAGAUGAAAGCUCUGUGUAGCCCCAACUCUGCUUAAUAAGAGCAGUGGCAUCUUUUAGAGGAAAUCAUUACUGUUGUUAAAGCUGUAUUUUAUUAACUAAAAUAAAUGUGGUGUUUUAUUAUGCUGUAUUUGCACUGUAUCCUGAUGUGCACCUCAAGCUCUAUAGAUAUAUUACGAACCAUUAUUUGGAUGUUUUUUACUGAGGACUUUGCAAACAGUAAUAACAUACCAUAAUAUGUCGAAUUACAUAGUGUUGUUAUUUUAUCUAAAGUGGCAAGGGAAAACCCUCAAAUAGAGAUUAUUAUCUCAUAGGAUUCUGAGAGCAUAAACAUGCAAAACAAAAGAACUAAUAGAAAAGAUAUGAUUACUGACUGGGUUCCAAAAAUUGUAAAUCUGAUGAUAGUGUAUGUAACUUACAUUCAUUUAUUCGUUAUGUAUCUUAUGCAGGAGUCUUGUCCUUAGGUCAUUGUGGCCCCCUGUUUUACACAAAUUUUUUUAAAUCCUAAUAUACAAGAUCCAGGAAAACAUCUCCAAACUGUGCUUAGAAGUUAAAUAAUUACAAAAUAUAAUCAGCAAAUGUAAAUGGAAUUCAGAGCUUACAGCACUCAAGCAAAUAAAAUUGGAAAUAAGAAAGAAUUCAAUGAGGAUCUAAGUAAAGUGAUACGACCAACCUUAGAUGCUGAAGGACCAGAACAAAAGUGCAAAUGGAAAACAUGCUGUGAACAAAGGAACCUAUUGCAAUCUUGCCAGUGCAUGAGCCUAUUUUCACCACCCACAGAAAUUCAUGAUAUUUUCAUUUAUAGCUUUCAGCUGCUUUUUUGUAAAGUGAUCACUUUCCUAAAAAAUAUGAGCAGGGUUGUUUUUAAUAUCCAAGCACUGUAUAAUGUCCAGAGGGGAUAAAACAGAGUUUUAUUCACACUGAUUAAAGAAAAAAAAAAUCAACAUUGCGAAAAUAGAGUUAGAAUAGUGACAGCACAGCAAAAUGAAACUGGGAAUGUAUUCAAAUACCCUCUAGAGGACAUUGCAGCAUUGUUGAAAUGCACCAUCUUGGCCUUGAGCCACUUGAAGUGAAACUGUCAUCAUUAUAACUAAAUUUUCAUUGAUUAAUGCAUUUCACAAGAAACACAAAGUCAGUAUCAUUUCAUUAUUAUUAUUUCAUAUAAUAUCAUCUUUCUCUUUUCAUCUUUAAAGCAAAGUCUGUCCUAGUACUUGCAUACGAUGAUAAACAUUUUGUUUUUCAUUUUCAUGAAUUUGAGACUGAGUGUACACCAAGAUGAAUAAUUCAGUACAUUAGGCACACAGAAGAUUGUAUUUUUAAGGUCUUGUAGUUUACAUUACAUUGUAGUUUACAUUAAGGUCUAACUAACCUAGUUUGUUAUUAUAUCAGUGACUGAACUGAACUAAUAUUAAUUGAUGUGAAUCAUUUUUCUGCAGCAUUCAAAAAUCAAAUCAAACUGGUCUGGAAGGUUGUAAUAUUUCUGUACAUAAUGUAUGUUACAAUAUGAACCUUGUUUAACAGCGUUUGUACUGAUCAGUAGCAGACAGUUUCGUACACUUUCGUACACUUGUCAUCGGUGGCUUUCUGCACUUGACUGGUAUUUUUGUCGAUAAGCAGCUUACUGUGACAAUAGUACUUUUGAUGAGCUUUUCUUUCCUUAUAGCAUAUAGAUUACACCCCAAAAUAUCACAACUUUUUUUCCCUACAAACAUUAUAACUUUUUGGAAAACUGACUGUCAAACAUGUCAUGGGCCAAGUAUUUUUCUGGAGAUGUUAUGUCCUAUGGUCAAGAUCAUGCAAGUGUAUUAGAGUAAAAUUGCAAUAUAUUGCUCGCUCACAUUUUAGGUCAUGUAAUCACAUGCAUUAGGAGUAUUAACAUGCUGAAAUGAUGACAAACCACUUCCUGUGAUAGGCAAAUCACAUGACUGAUCUACUGUGUACGUCUUUUUAUGGUAAAUAUCUGAGCCGUGCUUAAGUCUUGUAUUAAACCGUGAAUUUAUAGACUUAUUUCUCUUACCUUUUGAAAGCAGUACCAUCAUUUCUGUUCAAUGCAGAAAGCUCAUUCCUGAUGUCUACAGAUGCACAUGCUGGAAUCAUGAUCAGUAGAUUAAGGGCUGAACAAAUUGUGUGCCUCAUUGUGCUAAACAUUUCCCACAUUAAGGAAUUCCCUGACAUUUAUUGCACUAAUUUUCAUACUGAUUAAAUUCUCUUUCUACAUGUUUUAGACACGUUUUACAGAAUUUGAGUAUUCAUAAAUUCCUUCUGUUUACAGAACGUUUGGAUCUUGUGAACCUGUUUUAUACAGUAAAUAAGGGGGGAAAAGUAUUUAUCUAAACUGAAGAGAGACAAGAGGCCUAUUCUGUGACAGUUUACAUCUGCAUAUUUAAUCAAGUGUAUCAGGCCCAUUUAUAUGUCCUAUAUGUAGCUGUCACCUAGCAACAGCGCUGUAUUUAGAACUUGCUGUAAUCCACAGAAUAGGUCGAGCAAGUCUUCACAGAGGAAAGAUAAUGUGACUGGAGCACACUUGUCUAAUCCGACUGUAAUAUGCUGAAUGCAUUAAUAGAUAGAUACACCACCACAAGGGAAAACUUCAGUUAAUAAGAUCUCUCUGAAGCCGUGUUUUGUUUUAUAACCCCACAUCCACUGCUUCAGUCCAUAGCUUAUGUAAGGCUCUGUGAUUUGUUUUUGUUUUUUUAUUCUAGGAUACUAGAAAGCCUAGGGACAAAGUUUUUCCUCUACAUACACACUAUUAAUGGCACAAAGACUUAACAUUUUACAACAUCUGCAUGGUUCUGUUUCUCAAUCUGCUUUCACAUUUUCAUGCAAGACUUGGGAAGAGACAGAAUAAUGAAAAACAAUGUUUUUAUCACUUGCAUGUCUUUUCCCCUCUGUCACUGUAAAUAACUUUGAAUUACAAUUUCCAAUAUUAAGCAUGCAAUGUACAAUAUUAAUAGCGUGCUCUAAUAUCCAAUGUUUCUUUUUCAAUGUAUCAAUAAAUUAAUUUUCUAGUCA